AUAACGAGUCAGUGGAAGAGUUUUGUUCAUACUUAGAUCCUGCUAGUUUUUUUUUGGAUUUUGGAUUACGGUUUCAUUAUGCCAUCAUCAGAGUUCUGGAUAACAAUAUUAACGAUGUAUUUUUCAUCGGUAGUGGUUUCAAAUUUUGUAAGUGUUAAGAAGACCACUAAAUCCAUGUUUAGGCCUGAAGAGGUUAUAUUUUCAACAAAUUACAACAUAACAAAACUUUUAGUUCCUUCCGGUGGAACAUCCUAUAUACACGAGGAUGUGUCAAACAUUCCAUCAAUUUUUCUGACUAUAUCUGAUCCUAGGUUAGAGGGAGGUAGCUGUAUAUAUGUGCUCGAGGAAUUAGCAGCCUAUGAAAUACUUGAAGGCGGCAGAGAUUCCACCUCUGAUUACAGCACAGACAAAAACGUUUACUUCGGUGGUAAGGAUGGCGUGUAUAGAUAUGACGCAGAAACUCUAUCAGCCAAGAAAUUCGGCCCAUUCAGAGAUGACAUCAUUCAGAUUCAAAAAGCGAAUGGAUCCGAUACUAUUUACUACUUAACUUCAGACAAGAAAUUGUUCAAACUUCAAAAGAAUGGCACCGUGAAGAGUAAAGUGCAAGCUGUCUCGUGCGCUUUGGAGUUUGUUUUGGACACCUCAAAUAAUAUCUACUUCAUCGCAUGCGACGAUGGGUUACCUCGGGUCAUUAAACCUGAUGGAAAUUUAGUGGACUUUAUGUCUAGUGUAACUGAAGAUUUCAAAGAAGUAACGCUUCUGAGACCUGCGUUCUUAAUGGACAGAUCUAUACCUUUUAUAGCCGACGGUCAAUUAUAUGUUCUGUAUGCUAAUGGAACUAGCGAGAAAAAGGAUUUCUUUAUUAAAGAAAGACCGACAGCGUACAGUGUCGACGCUGCCUUAUACUUAGUAGCUGCGUUAGAUGGUAAGGUAUAUGAAUUUAAUAUUAUGGAAGCCAUGGUUAAAUCAAUGUUCAGCUCCACGUCAGAAUGGCCGAGAGAUCUUACAAAACUUAUCAUGUCCAUUAUAGAGACGGGGAAAGACGAAAUGUAUAGAGAUUUCAAUCAUUUUUUUUGAAAAUUACAAACAAAUAAUUUUAUAGUUAUUUACCUAAAGACUGAUCUAAGUCAUAAUAAAAUGAUGACAUUGUAAAUGUAAUAAGUUUGUAUUUUUUGUAAAUAAAAUGUUCAUAACAUAUGAUUACAAUUAUUUCGGUACCGACCUAAUAAACGAACAAUUUAAUAAACACACUAAAAAUUUUAAAUUAAAAAUUUUCUCCACAACGGACAAUGGUUUUAAAUUUUUAAUUAUUUUAGUCCUAUUUAUACCUUGGACAUUGUUGACUUGGAAUUUCUAGAAGACGAUGUUUGUGGGAAAACUAUUAUAGCUAAAUAUUUGAGGAAAGCUGUUACAUAAUCUAUCAGUGUUUUUAUUUCUAGCGUUUCUGUGACAUUAUAUAACCUAUUGAAUGAUUAAUAUGAUGUGGGUUAUUGGAGCUGUUCUCGAUAAAGUGUAGACAUAUUUAAAAACAAUUUAGAAGCCUUGUAUAAAAAUAACUUAAUUCUCUUUUGUCCCCAAAUGCCUUGUAUCCUGCCUCAACCUUUGGUCAGUAUUUCCGCUAAAAGAAUUUCUGAAGAUUUAAUCAUUUUUUCAUGAAAACUUUUAGCUAGCUUUCUUUUAGGUAAUGUAAAAGUUAUCCAACAUAUUGAACAGGAAUCGUUGGACAGUUAAGGUUUAAAAAUCUUAUAAAAAAAUACACAUUCGCUGUUAAAUUAUUAUUUUUUCGCUCCCAGAGUGUGCUUACUUUUAAUUAUUUUUUUAAAUACUUUA